CACAUAUAUCACAUUAAGUAGUGAAAAAAAAUAUCCCAGUUUGUGUGGGGUUGUAGUUGUAACCAUAAAAUUCAAAUUAACCCAAGUAUUUCGGGUUGUACCCAUUUUCGUAUUCCACGUCAGCACAUCCGCAUUAUCUCCAGAACCAAAGAUUCUCAACCUUACACUGGAAUCGAUCACAGAGUUCACGAUAUUUUGGUUCACAAAAAACAGAGCAGAGAGAUUGUGAUGACGACAGUGACCACCAGCUUCGUCUCUUUCUCGCCGGCAUUGAUGAUUUUUCAGAAGAAAUCACGACGAUCCUCUCCAAAUUUCCGCAAUCGAUCCACGUCUCUUCCCAUAGUUUCAGCAACAUUAAGCCACAUAGAAGAAGCAGCCACAACAACAAAUCUCAUUCGACAGACGAAUUCCAUUUCGGAAUCGUUGCGUAACAUUUCUCUAGCAGAUUUAGAUCCAGGAACAGCGAAGCUCGCUAUUGGUAUCUUAGGUCCAGCUUUAUCAGCUUUUGGAUUUCUAUUCAUUUUGAGAAUCGUUAUGUCUUGGUACCCGAAACUUCCCGUUGACAAGUUUCCGUACGUUUUAGCUUACGCUCCGACAGAACCAAUCCUUGUUCAGACAAGGAAAGUGAUUCCACCACUUGCAGGUGUUGAUGUUACUCCUGUGGUUUGGUUUGGGCUUGUGAGUUUCCUUAGUGAGAUUUUGGUUGGUCCUCAAGGACUUCUUGUUCUUGUUUCUCAACAACAAGUUAAUUAGCUAAGAAUUGAAUCAUUUUGUUCUCAUUAUAGAGAAGUCUCCUUGUAGCAUACAAUGUUCCUACAUUACUCGCAAAUAUGAUUGUUUGGCUCU